AUGGCUACUGAUCAGUUCCCUUCUCUCGAGCCAGCAUUCACAGUGCAUUUAUACCCUGGGAAAGAUUAUAACAUAGUUACAUCUGGUAAACUCACUAGCGAGCCCGGAUUCGAAAUCCCGCUUGAUGCUGAGGUGGUCAUGGGGUCGGAUAUGGCACGUACGGCGCCAACACAAACUCACACGCAAAUAGAUGUUAAUGCGGUUCUGAGAAACAGUGACGGUGCCCUGCUGAGCUACAAGUACACGGGACUGGUCGAGGUGGAUGAGGCACUGGUUGCUAUUCUGGCGGGAGACCCAAAAGCCAAAUCUACAUCCUUUGGCAAGGCACUAUCCCAUGUUACUCUUGAAACCGGAUCGGAGUCCCUAAAGAAACUGGGAACGAGUCUAUUUGUGGGCAGUGCUAGAUUUGUCAUCGAGAACGGAGUUUUCUCGAUUGAAACCAAGGUCAGUCGGGUCAAAGGGUAG